GCCCCUGAGCCGGACCAGACAUAAACAAACGAUGGCGGAGGCUCUACCAUGCGACUUCGAUGCUUGGUUAAAAGACACUCUAAUUGCACUAAACACAGAUGACGAAGUUUUCAGUCCGUAUAUUAAAGGGAUUUUAGAAGGAGAGGAGAACAAGGAGGAAAAGGUGGAGGCUCUACAGGGAAUUCUUACAGAGAUAACGGAUACGGGCAUUGAGGCACUCUGUGAUGACAUCUGGAAGAAAUGGACCCUGCUUGCGGAACCGGAAGAGCCCUCAGAUACUGUGAAAAAGGUUGAGUUUGAGGAAAAGAUUGCCAAGAUCAUGGAGGAGCAGGCUCAGUGUGUGGUGGUUAACAAGACGCGCUCCAAGGAGGAAGAAUCCCUGAAGAGUGCCAUAUUGGCACAGUAUGCUGAGGUAUCUGAUGGUGAAUGCACGGAUGAGGAGGAGGGGGAAGAGUCAAGCCAAGGAGGCCUAAUAGGAGUGAAGAACACAAAUGCAGAGGAGGUGAUCAAAGCAGAACGCGAAAGGAGGGAGAAGAACAAAGAGGAGUCGCAGCGCAAGAAGGAAAAGGAUAAGGAGGAUAGAGCUAAACAGAAGUCCAAAGAUGAAGAGAGAAAAGAGAAGGAGAAGAAACGCACACAGAAGGGAGAGCGAAGACGGUGAUCGUCUGCGAAUAUAGCCUGUACCAUUUUCAUUUGGAAUUUAUGUUAUGCCAAUAAAUAUAUCAGCUGAUGGUUUUGA